CGCUUACAUUCGUUGAGUGCGCCGGCAGAGCGCAUGUGGUACGCAUUGAAUUUUGAUUAAAUAUCGGCUAAAGAAUAUAGAUAAAAACAAAAACAAAAUAAAAGAAAUAAUUUACCCACAUACAUACGCAUAUUUAGUAAGAAAGGUGACAAACGUACUUUAUUUUGCUGUCCGCCAUUCCCUACCAUCGAUUUUUUCCGCGCGCACGGCAUUACGUUCUUACACACCAACGGCAGCGCACGACAAUUUGGAGUGUCUGAAAAGUGUUUUGGUGCUCGUUUUCACAAAUUUCAAGAAAAGUUUAAAUAAAAGAAAUUUUUUAACGAAAACAAAAAUUUACAAAUCGUUUGACCGCAACGCACAACCUCUGUAAAGGUCAACAGCAAACAAGAGCAUUUUCUCGCAGCGCACAGACAGAAAACUGCCUCCUCAGCGCAAAAUGGUUACUUCAUUUCAAUUAUUUGGCAGUAUCGCCCUUGGAAUUGUGGGCUAUAAAAUCUUCGCCAAAUUCCUGCCUUGGGCGUAUAUAAAUAUUUUUGGACCAUUCCUACUUGGACCGAAGCUCGAUAUUCGUCGCGUAGGCGGUUGGGCUGUGAUCACCGGAUCAACUGAUGGUAUUGGAAAAGCUUAUGCAAAAGCGCUCGCCCAAAAGGGAUUCAGCUUGGUAUUGAUCAGUCGUUCGCUGAGCAAAUUGGAAACUGUUGCCAAGGAAAUUGAAAACGAAUAUAAAGUCCAAAUCAAAAUCAUCGAUGUUGAUUUCUCAGGCGGAGUCGAAAUUUACAACAAGAUCAAAGCCGGUAUUGAUGGUCUCGAUAUUGGUGUGCUCGUCAACAAUGUCGGUGUGUCAUAUCCCUAUCCAGAAUUCUUCCUGGAUAGUUACCAACAAAAUCCGAAAUUCCUGGUUGAUAUAGUUUCCGUCAACAUACAUUCCGUGACACACAUGUGCGCCUUGGUAUUGCCUACCAUGCUGAAUAGAAAGAAAGGUGUCAUUAUAAAUAUCUCUUCCUCUGCGGCGAGUAUACCGAGUCCUCUAUUGACGGUCUACAGCGCUUCGAAGGCUUUCGUGGAUAAAUUUAGUGAAGAUUUACAAACGGAAUAUCGUGGCAGCGGUAUUACAGUGCAGUGCGUUCAACCUGGCUUCGUGGCCACUAAUAUGAGCAAGAUUAAGAAGGCGAGCCUUAUGAGUCCAACACCCGAUGCUUAUGUCGCAUCGGCAUUGAGAAUUUUGGGUUACAACAUUCAAACUACAGCCUAUUUGCCGCAUGAAGGUUUACAGUUAGCGUAUGAAUUCAUGAAGUAUUUAACGUGUGCUCCCUACACAGCUGGCUUCUUCUUCAAACAUUUAAUGACUAUGCGCAAACGAGCUUUAAGUCGCAUGAGCAAAGGCAAAUAGAUCCGAAGUAUAUUUUUCCUCAAAGCCGAACGUUUAGUGCUUUAUAGCGAAAUAUUUUAAUUUCUCGAUUUUUUAUUUAAGAACAAUUCAAUGUGUCAUGUAUUUGAGAUGAGAAAAUGCAAUCAAAAUUACCAAAGAACAAAAACUAAAAAAAAUAUACAUACAUACAUAUGUAAAAUAAAACACGAAUGAAAA